AUGUUUGUCAGCAGAACAGCACGAGACAUGAACUGGCGGGAGGGGAUUGCUACAGAAACGCAAGGCAGACAGGCGGAAGGCGUUCCGCCACCUCUCGCUCCCCAUGCGGCAGAUUUGGCGCUAGCCACGACAGCAGCUCCGACGGCCACGUCAGUAGCAGUAACAGCGGCGGCGCCGGCAGUGGCAUCGGCGGCAGGAGGAGCGUUAGAGCCGCGUUCGUCGCCUUCGCUAGCACUAGAGGGUAACGAGAUGAGCCUCUCGUUUGAAUCACGCGUGUUGGACGCCAGCGGGGUGUCUGGGCGGCAGCAGUUGUCGUGUACCCUCGUGACUGGCUUCCUGGGAUGCGGCAAGACCACUCUGCUGCAGCACGUGCUGAAGGAGAAGGGCGACCUACGAGUGGCAGUGCUGGUGAACGAAUUCAGCCCUGUUGACGUGGACUCGCUGCUGCUCCAAUCACAGCGCGCCAACGUGGCAGUCGGGGCGCCCCCUGGUCAUGGGGACUUGGCAGGGGGCUGCGCGUGUUGCCACGUCAGCGAUGGGCUCAAAAAGGCCGUGCGAGCAGCGGUUGGUGGCGCCAUGUCAGCAUGUGACUACCUCAUUCUGGAGACGUCAGGCCUAGCAGACCCUCAACCGAUAGCCGCCCAGCUGAUGGAAGCUGGAGUGAGGCUCGAUAGAGUGGUGGCAGUGGUUGAGGCUGAGACGCUGCCGACCCUCCUCGAACAGCAGCCAAUAGUGCGGCGACAGCUGGCAGCAGCCGACCUGGUGUUGCUGAAUAAGUGUGACCUAGUGUCCCUGGGUGCGCUCUCAGAUGCAGAGGACAUGCUCCUCAGAUUCCUCACUACUGAAGGCGCUUCGGCCCACCCGCAUGGCCACCCACAUACCAACGACGCACAUGGCAGCAGCACUCACUCUUGCACCUCCUCUCACUCACACUACCAUCCUCCAACCUCCUCAUCCGGACAACCAGCCAGCUUGCCUCCUCCCCCUGUAGUCCGCACCCGUUACUGUCACGUCCCCUUGGAUCUGAUCCUGGAUACCGUUCCUGUAUCGCAGCCUGCCCCUCCUCUCACCUCAGCAUCCGCUCACCUCUCCUCUGGCUUCCUCUCCCAUGAAGCCACUGCUGCCCCCUCCUUUCGCACUCCCUCCGCUCCAACUCCCUCCCCCCUCACUCCCUCCUCCUUGCACGAGGAAAGGAAAGAGCCGACUGCAAGGCAUGGAGCGAGGAGGUGUCAACUGGGUGCACCUCCACCAGGUCAUGCCUCCACCCCGUUUACGUCACUUCUCUUUGAGUCACAGCACCCCCUUCCGCUUGCUGCAUUUCAGCACAUCGUGGCCACCAGACUGCGAGGCAGAAGUGCUCCAGUGAAGGGUUUGCUUCGAGCCAAGGGCUUCCUCUAUUUCAAAGAACUACGCCAUCUGCGGUUUGUGUUUCAGCUGAGUGGCAGCAGCCGCUGCUCCUGCACUGCUACCGACACCUGGGACUGCCCACCCUCCUGCUGCCUCGUGCUCAUUGGCCAGGACGCUGCUGAGCUGGCAGGCGUGGUGGCUGAGCUGGAAUCACUCGCAGAGGAUCACAAGAUGGACGAUGAAAGGGAGGGUUCAGGGGAUGGCGUUUCAGAGCUGGCUUGUGAAACAGGGUCGAGGAACGUGGCAGGAGAGGCGGUAUUGGGGGAAGCCUCGGCUGCUUCUGAGGCAGCAAGGCUUGUGGAAAUGCUGACAGCAGAUGAGAGAUUCGAGCUCCGCACGUCAAAGGCAACACCUGACAACAGAGGGGGAGAGUUAACAGCUGAGAGACGGGGAAGAAUGUGCAAUACUUCACUUGUGCAGUUCGGAAUGAAGGGCAUUCCACUCAAGGGCAUCCAUCAGAACGCGCUGAAUGCAUCAUUGCUGGCGUACAUGAACAAUCAAGCUACACAACCCGUGUUCGUUUGCUCGACUCUUCCAACCCUCAACGCUGGCCCUCUGAUCCUGGGGAUGCGAGCGUCGUCCAAGGCGGAGAUUCUCUUUGACAUGCUCUCGAUUGCAGCCAGGCGGAGAUUGUCUCAGGCUCUCAAAAACGUCCCCUCAUGCAGGUGCGACGUGGUACAUGACAUGGUGAACACGAAAUGA